AGCUCCAGAUAUUUGAACAGACGGACGUUUUCAAUGUUUCUGCUUAUGUCUCUAUGUAUUUCAAAUUACUCUCUCUUGUUACAGACACUAGAUUUUGACCGCGAUGGCCUGACGAAGUUGAAGAAGGCUAUAAAAGCCAUACACAAUUCUGGAAAUGCUCACGUAGACAAUGAGAUGUAUCUGUCUCGUGCCCUCGAGAGAUUAGGAGGGAACGCACUAAGCAGAGAUUCGGAGCCUGACAUUGGGGCGGCGUUCUUCAAAUUUGCUGUCGUCACCAAAGAACUUUCAGCGCUCAUGAAAACGCUGAUGCAGAAUAUAAACAAUAUAGUUAUGUUUCCUGUGGACAGCAUAUUAAAAGGAGAUCUCAGAGGCGUGAAAGGUGAUUUGAAGAGGCCGUUUGACAAAGCUUCUAAAGAUUACGAGUCGAAGUACCUGAAGAUAGAGAAAGAAAAGAAAUCUCAGGCUAAGGAGGCAGGCUUAAUUCGCAGUGAAGUUACUCCUGCGGAGAUAGCUGAUGAGAUGGAGAAAGAACGAAGGUUGUUCCAACUUCAAAUGUGUGAGUACCUGAUUAAGUUCAACGAGAUCAAGACGAAGAAGGGCAUCGAGCUUUUACAGCACUUAGUGGAGUAUUAUCACGCGCAGACGAACUAUUUUCAAGACGGCUUAAAGACAAUCAAACAUUUCGGUGUGUACGUCGCCGAUCUCAGUGUACAGCUACAGAAAAUAAGACAACAACAGGACGACGAAAGGCGACGCCUAUUAGAGCUGAGGAACAUGUUGCGGGCUGCAGCGCCGCAGGACAGAGAGGUAGCGUCUACAAUAGGCGGCUAUUCGCUUCACCAGUUACAAGGCGACAAACAGCAUGGCGUCACAAGAAGCGGCUACUUGCUCAAGAAAUCUGAAGGGAAGGUUCGGCGGGUAUGGCAAAAGCGCCGAUGUCGGGUCACAGCGGAAGGAUUUUUGGACAUUUUCCAUGCUGACGAAAACAAACCACCGGCGAGGGUUAACCUGCUCACUUGUCAGAUUAAAGUGUCUGCUGAUGAUAAAAGAGCGUUCGAUCUAGUUUCAUAUAACCGUACCUACCACUUUCAAGCUGAAGAUGAGACUGAACAGCGUGCUUGGACCUCGGUGCUGGUGAAUUGCAAAGAGGGCGCUUUAAUGCGAGCAUUCCACCAGCAGGCCGGCGAGAGUAAUGACACCGGUCAUUCUCUUUUGGAUCUACAGCGGUCUAUUAUACGAGCUGUCAGAACAUUGCCAGGAAACCAAGUGUGCGCAGACUGUGGUUCUAGCAACGACCCCACCUGGUUAUCAACGAAUUUCGGCGUGAUAGUUUGUAUAGAAUGUUCUGGAAGUCAUAGAGAAUUGGGCGUGCACAUAUCAAGGAUACAGUCACUAACGUUGGAUAGGCUUAGCACAUCACAACUGCUUUUGGCGAGGCAUAUGGGCAAUCAGAUGUUUAACGAAGUUAUGGAAAAUACACUAGACGAAAGGGAUAAACUUACUCCAGAAAGCACCAUGGAGGAACGGUUGAGGUUUAUCCGUGAGAAGUACGUGUAUCGAGCGUGGGCGGCGCGUACAUGUUGCGAUGCGGCGGAGAGGUUGUCUGAAGUUGAGCACGCGGUCAACAACGGACAUUUGCAGAACCUACUGCAGGCGUACGCUGAAGGGGCGGACUUGGCCGCUCCACUACCUUGCUCGGAUUGUGGCGAAACAGCACUCCACCUAGCGAUAUCGCGGGAAAUGGGCGACGGCUCAAGUCUGCACAUAGUCGAUUUUCUAGUCCAAAAUGGCGGCAGUCAGCUGCUAGACAAACCCACCGCUAAUGGUAUGACGGCGUUACAUCUGUGCGCGGCGACAGAUCGCACUGAACCAAUGAAAUUGUUACUGAAAGCCGGCGCCGAUAUAACACUGAAGGACGGCAGCGGACGAACCGCGCUACAGAUAGCGAAACAGUUGGGACAUCACGCCUGCCAAGAACUGUUGGAGAAUGUAGACAAAAGAGAAAAGAGUAUGUUCGAAAACAUAAAUAUAGACUGGAAUUUAUCUCACGACGACGGCUCCACAGAUUUCUCGGAUGACGACACCGUUAUUGACGAAAGGCAAAAUGGCAGUGUCACUCCGGAGAAGAAAUGUCCUAGAUCGAGGCCGCCCUCGUACGCGGGGGGCGCGUGCUCUGUACCGAGCGGUGGCGACUCGCCAGUGUUACGUUCGCGCUCGUCAACGUGCGACUCGUUACAACACGCCCCGCCCACACCCACCACGCUGCCUAGGAAGCCGGCUGUUUAUAAUAUUGGUAGUUUGAAGAAACGUACCGCCCCGUUACCGCCGGCCGUAGCGUUGUCACACCCACCGCCCCAUCCGAGGUCAACGCCCUCGCCCUCAGCUGACAGUGCACGAUUGUUACACGGAAGUGGAACAGUGGGUAAACAUCGCCCCCAACAACCGCCCCCUACGCCCCCGCCCGUGACCACGUUACAUAACGGCGCCCACCGCGACGAACCCACGCCCCCACCUAGGAAGGAGUGUUCUAGUCAAGAUUCGUCGUUGGAGCUGUGCGAUAUAUCGGACUCGUGUUUAGAUGACAGCCGGUUGCAAUCAGCAUUGUCCGACAGUUCACGAUCAAGAGACCGCUCGCGACGCAGCGAUAGUCGCUCGCUGGACGUGUCUGAUACGUCCAGUGUACAUUCGCGUUCGCCGUCAGCAUCUAUUACUAUGAUGGGCGGCUUAAGGCGAUGCCGUGCCCUCUACGACUGUUCAGCGGAUAAUGAAGACGAGCUAUCGUUCCGCGAGGGCGAAGUGAUCGUUGUGAUCAACGAGCGUACAGAAGACGACAACUGGAUGGAAGGUCAGGUGGAGGGCACUUCGCGGCGCGGUAUGUUCCCCGUCUCUUUCGUGCACAUGUUGCCAGACUAGGACAGCGAUGCACUGGACCGCGAAGGUGUUGAACGACUUCAGCUUUGUUUGAAAGAAACGUCUGUAAUAUAAACAGCACUAUAAUUGUAGAGAUGCUCAGGAAAAUCAUCACUGUUAUAGUAUUUUCAUUGGGCAUGAACUUUAAUCUCAUCGUAUGAAACAUCAAAUGGAUCAGAAAAUUCUAGAUGUAUAGGGCGUUUCUUUGGGCGGUCGUGAUGAUCGGUAUGAUUGCUAUUUUGUAUUCAACAAUAGAAUCGACACCAAUCGGCAAGAAAUUUAAUAUCAACAGUGUUAUACAAAACUGUAUAUGUAUUCAGGUUAUACAAAACUGAAAAAUUCUUAAAUCAAUAUUAAAUUUUAAUGUAAAUUAAGUGCAUUAUUGAUUAUGGAUUGAUGUACUGUUGUAACCUGAUGUGUUACUGUGUAUAGUACUGUUGCAUUAAAAUAAUGUAUCAAUUGAACAGUUUGACACGGUUAUUAUUUUAAUUAAUACACGGUACUAAUGUAAUUGCAGAUGACUGCAGAAAAUGAAAUUGUUUUUUGGCCUAAGCUUUCGGCUUUUAAUCGGAGGUCAAGAGCUUAUUUAAGUAUAGUAUUUGAUAACUUUGUUCAGUAUACAAUAUUAAUAAACUGUAUUAAAUAUGAUUCCCUUCAUAGGGGAACAUUGGACCACACACAAAUGAAAAAAUAAUUCGCUGAUAUGUUUGUUUAUAAAGAUCAUUGCCGUCUGAGGUGCAUGGCUUAUAUUUAAAUAUUUUUAGUGUAUUACCGUUGAAUGUGAUAUUUGUAAAUACACGGCUAUUAUGACUUUCAUUUUUUUUGUAUACAGGAAAUUUUAAUACUCAUAAAUUUUGACCAUUCCAUUUUUUUAUAAACAUCAUUCGGGGCAUAUACGCAAAUGUUGAUAGUUAGGUGUGUUUACACUCCGCAUGACUAGUUUUAUAAUGGCGAGUUAACAAAUUGUUUAUUGUAAUUACAGAUGUGGUACUGCUACGAAUUUAUGACACCAAUUGUAAUAUUGUGCCGGUAGUUAAUCCGUCCCGUGUCGCGGAUUUUUACAUUCAAAUUUGAACUUUAUAGUCAUUCGCUUAGAUAUGCUUCUAUAGAGAAAUGCUCAUAUUAGAAUGGUAGAAAUAAACUUUUUAAAUUAAAAGAAUAUCAAAUAUUGUGCCGGUCAACUACAUCGGUCGGAAUAUGAAUAGCGAGUCUUAUUUUAAUAACGAAUAAUUAAGAUUUAUCUGUAUAAAUCUGUUAAUAUUUUCUCGAAGUAAUCGAGUUAAUGCCGAGGUAGUCGUUUCUUCAACGAAAAACUAAAGUUAAAUAAGAAUCUUCUUGUCUAAUUGUUCGAAUUUCAAAUAGAUGUAGUCAGAUGUUAGGUUAGGUGAACUGUUUGAAUUCAAAGUACCUAUGCAGUAGAGUGUUAAAGAUCCUAGUAUGUUGGUAGAUUAUGUUUCUCCGUAUUAAAAUUAGAUAUCAUAUAACCAAUUUCAUAUUACGUCACUGUUCAUAAUCUAUUAGCUUUGAAUUUCAUUACAUUGCCAUGUGUACGUACACGCGUCAGAUUACUUCGACAUAUAAAACCUAUCCAGUUGAUUAUAAAGUGUACGAUCGAAGUCUUAAGGUUUAAAAUCAAGCGGAUAAAUUUGUUUGAUUUGUAUAACUUGGCGUGCCGUUUACUGGACUUACAUAAAUAACAUAAAAUAUGUUUUGCAAACUAUAAGUAACUUAAUUACUCUUUUUAUUCUAUUAAAUUCGUAUAUAGAUCACCUAUUCAUUAAAUCUGUUUAUUGUUCUUGUUAUUGGAAGUAGAAGAAUCGUAAUUUAUUUGCCUUUAUUUUCAUUUUGUAUGACUGCACAACCAAAGCUUUACUCUUCUUAAGAAUGUGUAAAACUGUUUUGUGUAAUAUAUUAUGUAUUAGUGUUUAAGCUCUGUAAUCAAUGCUUACAAUGUAUUAAAACAAAAUUACAUGUUGAAUCAUGAAUAUCUCAAUCUUAAACAGAACCUAAUAGGUAAGGUUCGUGUAGGAAAGCUGUAAUGUUUACCGAUUGGCUGUCUUCUCCGUACAAAGAGUUUGAUCACGUUAAGGCCAUAAAUGUAAAUUAUAAUGUAUAUGUCAGAUAAAAUAGCAAUUUGCCAAAAAUAUAUGUGAUCAGUAGUAGAAGAGAUGAUAAUAUUAUAUUAGCGACAAAUUAAUCGGACCAGUGGCUGUUUGUUGUCUAGUUUGUUCUCGUAGUCGAUAUUGAGGUGUCUUAGAUUGUUGGUGCAUGCUGUCUAUAGAGGUUAUAAUUUUUAGAGUCAGUUAACGGGUCGAAACUGCAAAUAUGAUUAGAAAUCGUUUUAUAACUACUAAAAACAGUACUUAACGAUUUUGAAAGAUUUUGAAGUUACUAAUGACGUAUUUCAUUUCUAGUUCCUUCUUUAUGGACCAAAGAGUAAAUUACAAGAUACAACGGAAUUAGGAAUCGUCGGCUAGUUAACUCACUCUGAAAAACGGAACUUUGUAAUCUUGUUAAUGCCUGUUAAAAUUUAACAAUCUCCAAGUUUGUUAGGCGGAUAUGAGUAGUGUUGUAAUCUAUACAAUACUUGUAAUCUAUACUGUAUCGAUUAGUGGCCUAAUUGUCUUAUUUUAAAAUCUAUUACAAUCCCUUUGAAAGUUAUAGUGGUUGUGAUAGCAAUUUAUUGAGUCACGUAACGUUUAAAGUAGCAAUAGCUUUCGGAACGAAUGAAGAUUUGAAUGAUCGAGAAACAAUAAAAACUUAAUGUAAUAAGUUAAAGUAAUAUUUGCAUCUAUCGCUUUCCUUAGGCAAUUCGACUUAACGUCAAAUUAACGAUAUAUUUCGUUCAAUAUCUUCAAAAAACGUAGCGGGUGCAAUCUCUAUCAGCCCUGCGAUUCUGUAAAACUUCAAACCCGAAUUCGAAUCCACUCGGGUGUCCGAAUUCAUUUCAAAAAGCGGCAUCU